CGUCCCUGGUCGCCAGCUGCUUUUCGCCAGCCCGCGAAUCGCGAUUGCGUCCGGAAUUGGGAUGCGGAGUUUCAAAAGAUCUCGCUGAGUCUCGAGUUCCUGCCAACGAUGUUCGUGCGGCUCUGGGUUCGGAGCUUCCACAUCUACGAUUUGCUCCUGACCAUCGGGUUGGUCACGCUCAUCGUUUAUCUGUGUCUGCCCUUCCGGUUCGCCUCGCACUACGAGUACAUUGAUGGAUCGCGGAUCGAGCAGGCCCUGCUGCCCCAGGUUACUCGCAAUGUGUCCUUGCAGGAAGUGUUCGAGUGCACCUAUUCUGAGGUUAUCGCCGCCAACAGGUUUGUCUACAACCUGGCCCACUACCACGAGGAGGUGCAGCUCGGCGCGGAAAUCCGUCCUGGCGGCGAGUUCCGACCGGAGGAGUGCCAGGCGAAGUACAGCACCGCCAUCAUUGUGCCGUACAGGCAGCGCGAGGAGCAAUUACAUGCUUUUCUCACUUACAUGCACAACUACCUGCCCCAGCAGCUGAUCCACUAUCGGAUAUUCCUGGUUGAGCAGUUCGACCACAAGCCCUUCAACAGGGCAAUGCUCUUUAACAUUGGCGCCCAGGUGGCAGCGGAGUACGGGUUCCCUUGCCUGAUCCUGCACGACGUAGACUUGCUGCCGCUUAACUCCGGUCAAAUAUACGCCUGCACGGAGCGACCGCGGCACAUGUGCUCCGCUUUGGACCACUGGCGCUUCCGCCUGCCCUACCGCGGACUUUUUGGCGGGGUGGUGGCCAUCAACACCGUCCAGUUCCAGCAGAUCAACGGUAUGUCAAAUCUGUACCACGGCUGGGGCGGCGAGGACGACGAUCUCUUCGAGCGCCUGAAGGCCCUUAACAUCGACAUCUGUCGUUUUGCGAUGGAGUUCAGCGAGUACACAAUGCUUAAGCACAAGCCGGAGCGGCCCAACGCAAACCGGGUGGCCCUCCUCAGGGCGGCCACUCUGCGCCAGCACUCCGACGGACUUAACUCUCUGGUGUACAAAGAGGUAGAGCGGCGCAUGCACAGCCUGUUCACUCACAUCCUCGUGGAGACCUGAGGACAGCAUUAUUUGUUAUAUCUAGCUUGUAGGCCAACAGUUUUCGUAGUCGGUAAUUCGAAUUGUUUUAGAUUUGGGUGCACUAAGCUUAGCAAACGAUUAGCAGCCGCCUUAGACAAUGCGUUCCAGAUCGAUCGUGAUAUCUCACUCACUAGGCUAAGAUGCUGGGGAGGUCGGGAGUAGUCGAAGUUUUAAUUAAAGUACAAUGCGGAUGUCUUAGAUUAUCGCCAAAGAUAGCCGCCAUGUUAAGCACGCUCUGCCUCUGCCAAUAAUAAAUUAAACUAUUAAA